AUGCGGGGCGGUCGCAAUAAAUUUGGCUCAUAUUAUAAACGGGAUCGAGCACAGCGAAUGCAGCGUAUCGCUUUACGGACCAACGGAACGCAGAAUUUUUUCAGUCAACAUGCUGCAGACCAACAAGUUUCUAGCAGUACACCUUCUGAUGCGAUCGCAACAACAGCAGCUGCAGCAGCAGCGGCAGCAGCGCAAGCUCAAUAUUUCGAUGCAAACGGAGCACAAAAGUUCAAGACUGAUUAUGAUGCGCUGCUCCAGUCGCCAACCUUAUCCAGCAGUACGCAGCCUAAUAGCAUGAUUCAAAUGAAUAAAAGGAUGAUCGGCUAG